AUACUCGAGAAUCAAAAUUAACCGAGGUACUAUACCCGAAACCUGUCUAAACACCCAAUUUGAUGUGUUCAUUUAGGUCAUCAGUUUGAUUUCGGAUCGAUUUAAAAUCGGGUCUUGUGUCCAUAUUCGUUCUUACAUACUUGUAAGUAUGCACUACAAAAACAAUUCAAUUUGGAGACAAAACUGAAGACAUUACAAGUUCAUUAAAUUGGUGACAAGAUCGGAUAACUAUCGGAUCAUUAAGUUUGUUUUGAACACAUCUCCGCCCAAUGGACACCCCUACAUACAACUAUAAAAGCUUGCAUAUGUAUACCCCUUAACGUACAACACCAAAUACAAAAAUCUCAUCAAAGAGCUCAAAAAAAAGAAAAAUCAAAAAAAAUGCAAGCCUACCGUCAAGACUAUUGUGACAAUGGUUCACAAAAACAAAUGUACAGAAAAUCACAAUCAUCACAAUCCUACCUGCAUUCAUCUGGUGGCAGUGGCAUGCAUCACCAACAACAUCAUCAUGGUGGAUCCAUGAUGCAUCAGGGUGGACUAGUCUCUGGUGGGUCCAUGAUGCAUCAACAACAUCAUUCUGGUGGUGGGUCCGUGAUGCAUCAUCAGGGUGGAGGACUAGUGUCUGGUGGUGGUUCAAUGAUGCAGCUGCAUAAGACAUCAUCCAUGAAUUCUCAUCAGUAUUCAUCAUCAUCAUCCACCACUGUGUUUGGUCAGGAUGCAUUUUGUGAUAUAAUGCCUUCUUCAUUCCCACCAGGGACUGAUCCUAAGGUUAUUGAGUGUUACAAUCGUAUCGAUAGGGAUGGUAAUGGUAUUAUUGAUGAUAUGGAGUUGCAAUCUGUCUUGUCUAACUGUAAUCAUAGCUUUAGUAUGAGGACUGUUCAUCUUCUCAUGUUUGAUUUCACUCACUCUAACAAGAGGGUCAUUGGUCCUAAGGAAUUCCUCCCACUGCUCAAGUGUCUCCAGAGCUGGAGGGCAAUGUUCCAAAGAUUUGAUAGGGACAGGAAUGGAAGCAUAGAUUCAUCAGAGUUGGGGCAAGCACUGAGCAGCUUGGGAUAUAGAGUUUCACCAGUUAUUAUUAAUCUGCUUGCUGCUAAGUUCAGCAAAUCUGGACAUCACCAUAACAGCUAUAGAUGCUCUCUCCAAUAUGAUAGCUUUAUUGAAUGUUGCCUCACUGUUAAGGGUUUAACUGAGACCUUCAAUGCAAAAGCUGAGUGUGGCAAAGCAACUUUCUGCUAUGAGGAAUUCCUGCUGAAUGUUCUCCCCUUCAUCAUCGCUUAGAUGAUUAAUUUAAGUAAUAAUUAAUUAGCAUCUACUAAUUAAUUAAAUAAUAAAUAAGGCAAUUAACGUUUUAAUUUCUAUCAUCUAUAUAUGUUGUGUUUUGAGUUAAUAUGCAUGUCUAUUGUCUGAUGUGUUUCUUUUGUUCUGCAAGCAAGCAUGAUUGUUAAGUAUUAUGUAAUAAUUAUAUUACAUGUACUCAAUCACUCUUCUUCUUAUUAAUUAAUUAAUGAUGUGCUAUAAGUUAUA